AUGGCCGUGUUUUCUAUGCCAUUCACAUUCACCACUAUUAUGUACGGCCAUUGGAUAUUCGGUAAAGUGAUGUGCCCUGCUACGUUAUUUAUUCUUCAGUUUUGUGAGGAAUACGGGGAAACUUUGAAGUUAGUUGAGCAACAGAAUAAGUUCUAUAUGUAUCGUGCACCUAAAUUGCCCCGUACUAAGUUAAUUUUAGAGAUAUCCAAUGACAAGCUAUAUGUCUUGGUAAAUGUUAUGACCCUGUACGUGUCUCCGAGUCAUUUAGCUUUUGCAAAGCGACCCGUGAUCGAGAAUUUAACAGUUGAACGUGGUAUAAUUUCGUCUGUGUUGAAUAUCGAAUGGGGUGAUUUAAAAUACAAAUUGCAUGGUGUAGAACGUGCAAUUCCUUUGCCCAAAGCCGUUAAGAUACCAAAGUGGAAAGAUAGUAAGUGCAUGGCUGUGGAAGAGGUAUCCGUUUGUGUCAGUAUCUACACCCUGACUUCAAUAGGUAUCGAUCGUUAUUAUGCUGUAGUUCAUCCACUAAAACUUCGACCGUCCAAGUAUAGAAACCGAAUUGUUAUAUUAAUAAUAUGGGUUAUAUCCGUUUUGAGUGGAAUCGUACAACUGGUGAUGGGAGGAACGAAACGUUAUUUCUGGGACGGUCAAUUCUUUUACACAUGCAGCGAAGGAUGGCCAACUGAGACGUCAUCAGUUGUUUACGAAACGUUCGUCAUGUGUAUGACAUACUUCGUUCCACUACUGGUAUUGAGUUUUACGUAUAUCAAAGUUGGUUGCAGACUCUGGGGUCGUCAACUACCAGGCAACGCCAACCAAGCACGUGAUCGUUCUCACAUGCGAUCAACACGCAAAGUGAUUAAAAUGUUAGUCGUGGUACUACUAAUGUUUGCCUUAUGCUGGAUACCGCUACAUAUAUUCAAUAUCAUUCAACGCGUACAUCGUGAUCUCAAGCAACACGAGAUUAUAAGAGCUGUUAAUGCCAUUCUGUUAUGGAUAGCCAUGUCUAACAGCUUUGUCAAUCCUAUCAUUUACAGCUUUAUGAAUGACAGUUUCAGGAAAGAACUCUAUUUUCUCUUGUGUUUUUGCUGUCGAUGGCGAGGUAGAAAACGCAAUAUAAGUUCGUCGCGUGCGAGGAAGUUUAGGCUACAGCAGAGAUCGCAAAGAAAUGCAUAUUCCACAGUGACUGUAUCAUCGAAACUGACACAAUCCGGCCCUAUAUCAAAGAGAGAACGUGCUAGUAUAACCACCGGUGAACAAAAUGAAAGAGAAAAUAUAGAAGAUUGGCUAGUGAUGAAAACUAACAACCUAAUUAUAACUACAAACUAG